AUCGGGUGCUGGGGAUGACCCUGGGACGGCCCCCGAUGGUGGCGUGGCCGACGACCAUCCCGAUGCCGGUGGGGGUUGAUGACGAGCAGCUCAAGAUGAACACGGGGAGUUACAGGGAUGGUAUGGUUGGUGUUGCAGGAAACGAAGGCAACAUGUCGAAGAUCGAGUUCUUUGUGCAGACGCUCAAGCUGACGGACGUCAUGAUGUCUGUGUUGAAAAAUCUUUAUCGGCCUCCCGAGGAGGUCAUAACCGGCGCCACUGCUGCGUUCAAUAUGCAGACUGUCAGCCUCAUCAAGAUUCUCGAGCUCGACGCGGACAUGGCGCGGUGGCGGAAGGCCGUGCCGCCACAUCUCGCAUUUACAAGCAGCAGCAGCCUGGAGCCGACAUUGUCGCAUAGCAGCGAGCCCAUCUUCUUACGACAAGCAACUUCCCUACAUUGCCGGUACCUGCAUCUCCGCAUCCUGCUCUUCAGACCAAUGUUGGUACAUCUUUCGUCGCCGCCCUCCUUCUCGCCUGGCCACAAGAUAGAAGCCGCAACGGCGGAUACGGACUUUCAGCAGGACACUCAGGCAGGCUGUGUCAGGGCGUGCGUCGCGGCCGCCAUUGAGCUCGUCACGAAGUUGGAAAAUCCGGCACAAGCUUGGGCGGGUCCGCCCUGGUGGUACUCCAUAUUCUACCUGUACACAGCCGGCACAGUCUUGCUGUCUGCCCUCAUAUCCCCGAGUCUCCGCAGCUUGCUCCUCCACCGUGGCGCACUCCUAAGGCCCUUGAUGCAAGACCAAAGUCAUGGGGCCGAGGUAAUGUCUGGUCUCGAGACUUCACUGGCAGAAUGUAUAGCCAGCCUAGGCCGCUACGCCAGCCGAAAUAUCCCGUUCGCUAGGAGGUGUCACUGCAUUCUGCAGGCUGUCGAUGCCCGGCGGUGGGAGCAGCAACAGGCGUCCCCUAUCAAGGAUCGUAGCCCAGGAGCUUCGACAACAACACAAUGGCGAGAUUGUGGUCACCGUGACAAGGGAGAGGAUCUUGAAGCUAAUACGCGCAUGCCGCCAAAAUCUGGUGACGGCGGCGCGUACCAUCUGCCCAACUUUGAGCAGACCCUCAUGGCUGGGGAUAGCGACUUGUCGGAUCUGUGGUGGCCGGGAGUGAGCCAGCUGUGGUCUGGGGACGUAUUGUCUGGCGAUCAAGGACCUGAUGUGAUGGGUGGCCCGUACUAGCACGUUUAGCUAUUGUAUCACAAUAUUAAG